AUGUAUUUCACAUUGUUGUAUUCCUACUUCUCUGGUGUUGUGUCCUCCCCUCUUGAUUCCUCAUCAUGCCUGUUACAGGGACAGUUUAAUCUGAAUGGGCAGCACAAGGCUGGAGAUGUGGUUCUAGGUGGGCUGUUUGAGAUCCACUUUUUUUCUGUCUUUCCUGACCUUUCCUUUUCCUCUGAGCCACAACCGCCUACCUGCCACAGUUUUGAUAUUCUAGGAUUCAGGCAGGCCCAGACCAUGGCCUUUGCCAUUGAUGAGAUUAACAGAAACUCCAACCUGCUACCUAAUGUCACGCUGGGAUACAGUCUUUAUGAUAACUGUGUCAAACUAGGGAUUGGAUUUCGUGCAGCAUUAUCCUUAGUCAGUGGUCAAGAAGAGCAAUUUAUAUUAAACGAGACCUGUGCAGGAACCCCUCCAGUCAUAGGGAUUGUGGGUGAUUCUUCCUCCACACGUUCUAUUGCCAUAUCCACUGUCAUAGGUUUGUACAGCGUACCUAUGGUGAGUUAUUUUGCCACAUGUUCCUGUCUGAGCGACCGGCAGAAGUUUCCAUCCUUCUUUAGGACGAUCCCAAGUGACGCUUUCCAGGUGCGUGCUAUGAUUCAGAUUUUGAACCACUUUGGCUGGAGUUGGGCAGGUCUGCUCAUCAGUGAUGAUGACUAUGGACUCCACGCUGCUCGAUCCUUCCAAUCUGACCUGGUGCAGUCUGGCGGAGGAUGUCUGGCUUACUUUGAGAUUUUACCCUGGGGAACUGACCAAGCUGAACUAAGAAGGAUUGUGGAUGUGAUGAAGAAAUCCACAGCUCGUGUGGUCAUUGUGUUUGCACAUGAGAGUCACAUGAUUAACCUCAUGGAAGAGGUGGUAAGGCAAAAUGUGACAGGCCUGCAGUGGAUGGCCAGUGAAGCAUGGACAGCUGCUACUGUCCUCCAGACCCCUGACCUCAUGCCGUACCUGGCUGGCACACUUGGCAUUGCCAUCCGUCGAGGAGAAAUACCAGGCUUCAAGGAAUUCCUCCUACAGAUACACCCUGACCUACACCACAACAACAGCUAUGGAAAUAGCAUAGUAAACCAGUUUUGGGAAUUCACAUUUCAGUGUAGAUUUGCACCACCUCCAGCAGGUUGGUUGGAGGAUGGGGGCACAUUAUGUACUGGACAAGAAAAGCUAGAGGAUGUGGAGAAUGAGUUUUUGGACAUUUCAAACCUCAGGCCAGAGUAUAAUGUGUACAAGGCUGUGUAUGCUCUGGCCCAUGCCCUUGAUGACAUGCUGCAGUGUGAGCCAGGGAAAGGCCCUUUCAGCGGGCACAGCUGUGGCAAGUUACAAAGACUGGAGCCGUGGCAGUUAGUUUAUUACCUGGAAAAGAUCAACUUCACCACACCAUUUGGUGAUCAGGUGUCAUUUGAUGAGAAUGGUGAUGCCUUACCUAUCUAUGAUGUCAUGAACUGGCUGUGGCUUCCUGAUGGAACAACUAAAGUUCAGAAUGUGGGUGAGGUCAAGAGGUCAGCCUUCAAAGGUGAAGAACUCACAAUUGAUGAAGAUAAAAUCUUCUGGAACUUUGAAUCAAAACAGCUGCGUUCAGUGUGCAGUGAAAACUGCCCUCCAGGUACUCGUAUGGCUAGAAAGAAAGGGGAACCUGUGUGCUGUUUUGACUGCAUCCCUUGUUCUGAGGGGAAAAUCAGUAAUCAGACUGACUCCAUGGAAUGCACCAGUUGUCCAGAGGACUUUUGGUCCAGCCCCCAGCGUGACCACUGUGUUCCUAAGAGGACAGAGUUUCUCUCCUACCAUGAGUCUCUGGGUAUCUGCUUGACAGCUGCAUCCGUGCUGGGCACAUGUAUGUGUGCUGUUGCUCUGGGAAUCUUUAUCUAUCAUCGCAAAACACCCAUAGUACGCGCCAACAACUCAGAACUGAGUUUCCAGCUUUUGCUGUCCCUUAAGUUAUGUUUCCUGUGUUCACUGCUGUUUAUCGGUCACCCCAAACUGUGGACAUGCCAGCUGAGACAUGCAGCAUUUGGGAUCAGCUUUGUGCUUUGCCUCUCAUGUAUUCUGGUUAAAACCAUGGUGGUUCUGGCUGUGUUCAAGGCCUCCAAGCCAGGAGGUGAAUCCAGCCUGAAAUGGUUUGGUGUUUUGCAGCAGAGAGGGACAGUAAUUGUUCUUACUUCUAUUCAGGCAGCAAUCUGCACUGCCUGGAUUGUAUGUGCCUCACCUGUUCCUCAUAAAAACAGUCAAUACCACAAUGACAAGAUAGUUUAUGAGUGUGCAGUUGGGUCCACCAUAGCUUUUACUGUGUUGCUGGGCUAUAUUGGCUUCUUGGCUAUCCUCAGCUUUCUGAUUGCAUUUAUGGCAAGGAAUCUUCCAGAUAGUUUCAAUGAGGCCAAACUCAUCACUUUCAGCAUGUUGAUCUUCUGUGCUGUGUGGGUGGCCUUUGUCCCUGCUUAUAUCAGCUCACCAGGCAAAUAUGCAGAUGCAGUGGAGGCGUUUGCCAUCCUGGCCUCCAGUUUUGGUCUCUUGGGGGCACUGUUUGGACCCAAAUGUUACAUAAUCCUCAUAAGACCAGAGAGGAACACAAAGAAAGCAAUAAUGGGUCGAGGCACCCAGUCAUAACUGUAAGUAAUUUCAUGUGAUAUGUUAGUCUUAUCUAUACAAAAUAUAAAACCACACCCAGAAAAGUUGGACAAUAGUAUAAAUGUUAGGAUUAA